GUCAUUCGGAAAUUAAAUGGAAAUCCUUUAAUUUUCAACUUAAAGCAUUCAACACCAGGCUGGCCAAACUGACGAAUGGCCAAUUAAACGAUGAUGAUGAUGUCUUAUUGUUUACUUGUAGAGGACCGGGGAGGAUUCCACAGGAUUAAAAACUGGGAUAAGGUGGCAGCAAUUUUGGGCUCAACGCCACAAACUGUAAAAGAUCUUUAUCAAAGUAGACUGCUCCAAUUAGAAAUGACGGAAAGAAGUCGAAAAAGCGAAAUAAGGGCUCUAGAUAUUCCAUUCUGGUGGGAUGACGGAGACCCAGUAUCAUAUACUAACAGACAUACAUUGCUAAACCCUAAUGUGGUGUCUAAUAGGACUAUAGUAUAUGUCCUGCGAAAAAUAUUCAACGACUAUUAUCUACCAAGCCAAGUCACGAAUGCGCCUUUCGAAGUAAAAGACACCUGGAUGUACGUCACCAAAAUGAGUGGUAGGCUUAUUAUAAUAAACAUGCAAAACAUGUAUAUUGAAGGUGCAGAGUCUGACAUACGAUUUUAAAGCUCACUUUGUCUGCAAUAUAAUUGUCAAUGAUAUUUUAAGAAUCACACUGUCAAAAAAUAAGAA